CUGGGCUGGAAUUAUAGACGGUAGACAUUCUCACCAAACCCUGGCAGAGCUAUUCCAAGGAGAUGACAGGUUUGCAGAGGCGAAGAAAAGAAUAAGAGAAGCACAGUGCCUAAUCAUAGACGAAAUAAGCAUGCUGUCCUCCCGGACAUUUGACAUGGUAGAGUUUGUGUGUCGCCAUGUCCGGGAGUGUGAUCAAGUGUUUGGAGGAAUGCAGGUCAUAGGCUGUGGGGAUUUUAAGCAGCUACCUCCGGUCCCAAACUUACGAUACGAUGAUGAUGGAAGUCACUGUUUCCAGAGCAACAAAUUCAAUUUGACAUUUCCUCAUCAUAUAAAUUUGUUGGAGGUUCUCCGUCAGAGUGAAUUCCCCCUCAUAAAAGCCGUAAACGAAUUAUGUGAUGGAAGACCAUCUGAGGAGACGGUCCAAUUCUUAAGAAGCUUGGACAGGCCAUUAGAUGCACCACCUGAAGACAUCACUAGAUUGUUUGGGACCAAUUUUGAUGCUUGUGUGGUUAAUCAGGAUAUGCUCGAACAAAUGGAGGGAGAAAUGUUUUCUUUCAAGGCCAAAGAUAAAGGGGAUGUCAGGAAAUUACUGGGAUGUGUUGCUCCUAAAACUCUACUGCUGAAGGAAGGAGCAAAAGUCAUUCUGAUAAAGAACUUAGCAGCAGGGUUGUUCAAUGGGAUGACGGGAACCGUUCAUCAUUUGGAGAGGGGGAGUCCUCCUGUAAUUAACUUUAGCGGUAACCUAGUCACAGUAUCUGAGACUACGUUUGAUGUUUAUGACAGUAGAGAAAGAAAAAAUCUAGCAAGUCGUACUCAGAUUCCUCUUAUUCUUGCAUUUGCCUUGACCGUUCAUCGUGCACAAGGACAGACAUUACACAAUGUUGAAGUGGACUCGUAUUCAUUCUUCGCUCCUGGACAAAUGGGCGUUGCUAUUGGACGAGCUGUGUCAACAAGUGGAUUACGUGUUGUGAAUUUUAAUCCAAAAGCGGCAAGUGCUAAACAUCCAGAUUUUGUGUACGAGUUUUAUGAGAGAGACUUUUGUGUUUUCAGAGACGACUUACUUUGCUGCAAACAAAGGUCAUUGGAAAUGGAAGACCAAAAUAUUGAAGAGGAUAUUUAUCCAUCUAACAUGCAGUCUGACACACGUAAAGACCGAAAUAUUGAAGAGGAUUUACCGGGUCCUUCAAAGCAGAGUAAUACUGUAACAGUUGAAUUUCCCCAACUUGAAGCCCCUUGGAGCAUUGAUGACUUUGUAAGUGAAUUGGGCCAUGCUCCUUACAUUGUUAACUUACCCAAAGAGUUGUUUACUUCUACUUUAAUGUCAGAGCAUAUCAACUUCUUAUAUUUCAAGAUCAAGGGAAUCAUGAAUGAUCAACCGAAAUCACCUCAGCAAUGGACUCAAUCAUUCACCAAGUUAAAUAAUUUUGUGGUAAGUGAUCAGCAUAUUAUGUCUGUUGAGAAACUUUUCCAACAUGAACAUGUCAGUAAAAUGGAAAAUAAACUGUCUACCAAACUAGCUUUUUGGCUAAUGGAGAAAGAGAUUGAAAAGAGAGCAAGUGUUACAGUACAGAAACAAGCAGAAGAAGCAGAGAAAUUAGAAAUAAGUUCUACAUUAUCCUCUGUUGCCAAGGGAAAAAUUCGAUAUCUUGCUGGUGCGUGCAUUCAGAGAGUCAACAAGCGGAUUAAAGAAUCAGUGCUUAGAGCAGUGGGCAAAUGUAGCAAAAAGAGUAGAACACUUCGUAAACUGGAGUACAGGAAACAGGCCAUGUUAAAGAACUUUCGUGUAAAAGAGGAAGACAUUGAUACAAGCAAAGACACUAUGACUGAAAUUGAGUUCAAACAGGGCCCUACGCAUGGACUUACCAUUGUGAGUGAGCCAGUGUACAAUUUUUUUGUAAUGUUAAACCAGGUCACCCAAAAAAGUCUGAGUGCAAAACAUUUCCUUAGUGAUGAUUCAGAAAUAGAGGAUGAACUCUUUUUAACACUUAUCAUGCAACUUUUUAGAGAUGUCACAGAACAUUUUAUACGAAUUGCAUUUGUUGAUGCACUGCAUCAUUUUAAAACAUCUGUGCCUCGGAAAAAGAAACAAGCUUUACGAACAAAAGUUCAAGCUCUGGGUGAUAGAGAGGAAUCCUCCUCAAAAGGAAAGAAAGCAAAAGUUGAUGAAGCAGGGCAAGAAGACGUCUACAUAUGCAAGACGUGUAAGUCUGAAUGUGAAUGGGAACCAGCAGAGACUAAGAACGAAAGCAUUGCAUGUGACAAAUGUAACGGCUGGUUCCAUUACAAGUGUGUAAAUCUAAAAGGAACUGAGGCAUUUCUUAAAAAAUCUGCAUCAUCGUGGUUUUGCACUGGCUGCAGUAAAAAAGGGAAAGGGAGAGGCAAAGGCAAAUCAAAAUCAUCAAAGUAAAACGGGUAAGGACUGAUAAUAAAUAUUUGAACAUUUUCAUUGUCACAAAGUCCUUACAGUGAAAGUUGUUUACUGACAGAACACAUUUGAAUGC